AUGCUCGGAUACCCGCCGAACUCGACGACUCCGAAUCAGAGCCUCCCGAUGACACCGAACAUGUCACAUGCCGGCGCAUAUCCGUCCAUGAGCGUAUCAAAUGUCAGCAAGUCCAUUUCGCCUCACGUGGGGAACGACAACUACCGCCCGCCAUCGGGUGGUCCUGGGUACGGCGGGAGUUACUCUCUUUCCGCAGCUCAGUCCUCGCAGCAGUCCCUGUUGCAACAGCCCAGCAGCGGCUUCAACACUGCUCCUCCGUUUGGCUCCAUCGAGUAUCAACCUCGUACGACACCCGAUUUCCCCUCUUUGUUUCUCCAGACUGAGGGACUUGGGUUGCAGAUACCAUCAGAUGGACCGCCUGAGCUUUCGCACGCUCAGGACCACGGAGGCUGGCCAUCCUCGGCUUCUGACAGCACGUACUCCACACCUUCCGAUCACCCACGACGCGCAUUCUGGCCAGCGGCAAGAGCUUCUUCUUCUUCUUCUUCUUCUACUGUCGACUGGCCAACCGGACUUCUCUCACCUUGCCCGGGCACCGGAUUUGAUCCCAUGGCAACAGCCAACCCUAUGCUCUACCAAUACCCGACUUCGCCCCAGCUAAGCGACCCCCAAACGUACCAGAUGCUCGGUAUCUCCUCCAUGUCCACAUACCCGGACGAACAGACGGUUUUUGACCCUCACCAACAACAAUCCCGGUUCUCCCAUACUGUUCGUAGCCUGUCCCCGCCGGUGACGUCGGCAUCGGCUCAAUCUUCUGAAACUCUAGUCACCCCGUCGACGGCACUACCGUCGGACCGGAUGAUGAACUCACUUGCCUGUAUGGGCCGUCAGAAGGAGGUGGCGUUGGGCCUCCUGGCGGCCCCGGCCCUGAUGCAGGGCUCCUUGCCUUUGCCUCCUGCAAAUGUUUGCCAAGCCAUUCCCGCCUACCUUGAUGUCUAUUGGGAAAAGUGCCACCACGCCUUUCCCAUCAUCCACAGGAGGACCUUUGAGGCUGCAGCGGAGCAUGUCGAUGUGCUCCGCUGCGCCAUGGCUGCAUUGGCUACUCAGCAUUUGAGCACCAAGGAGGACCGCAUCAGGGGGAAUCAGUUGCAUGAAUAUGCCUGGCAACAGUCAAGACGCUUCCUCCAGUGGGAUGUGCCUGUCAUGCAAGCGAUUCUGCUCUGUGAGCUUUUCUCCCGGUUCCGCGGCCGACGUGCGGCCAUUAGGCCAUCGAAAGAAUUCGAGUCAAUCUACUCUCGGGUCUAUGACAAUGCCAUCAUCUUCGGGGAAAUCCCUCAGACAGGGCCCAACAGUGUCAGAUGGCAUACAUGGCUUGAUACCGAGGCUCGCCGUCGCCUUCUCUCGGCUUGCUUUAUUUUGGACGUUCACAGCUCCUUCUAUCUGGAGCAGCAAUGUAUUCGUAACUUUGAUAUUGCCAGCGACAGCAUGCCACCAAACAUCCCUCUCAUCGGGCCGACCCAGGAUCUCUGGGACGCACCAAGCGCAAACGCAUGGGCAGCGAUGGUAUCAGCCAAGGGGGGUUCCUUGGAUGCAAAGUCACUCCUCUCCUUAAUCAACCCUGACAACCUGUCGAAGACGAGCAUCAACGUCCAGGCCCCCUUCGACCGCUCAGUAAUCCUGGCAUUUGAGGCACUUCUGUUGCCUUCUCGCGAUGACCCGGUGCAGAUAGCACCAUCGACAGGAAAACCUGAGCCGGAGAAUUUCCGCAUGGCUAGCAUCUUCCCAGACUGCCCCGUGGCAAAUACGUACCUCGCUCUGCACCACACGCCGCUUCACGACCUGCUCGCCGUCUCCGGAGACAGCUGGGUCUUCAGCCAGAAGGUCCUACAACCCAAGUCCUUCGCCGAGCAUCAGAAGCGACUCAAGCAGUGGGGCCAGUCAGACGACGCCGCCGUGGCCGUGAUUUUCGCUUGCCGCGCCCUCCGCGCCUUCACGGAGCACGGAAAUGCCGAUGAGAGCCCGGAGGACUCGGACGAUGAUAUGGACGCAUGGGAGACGGAGCGGCCCCGCAUGUGGAAGGAUGACGUCUCGGACUACUGGGGGAUGUACGUCUGCGCGCUCAUAUGUUGGGCCUACGGGCAUCAAGGGAAUCGCUGGGAUGGCGCCAAGGGCACCGAGUUGGGCGACGACGAUAGCGCGACGCUCCAGUGGGUCCGGGCUGUUGCAAGCACGCGGGUCAAGGACGUCGUCAGGCUACGCUCCAAGAAGAACGCGAUGUCUGUUGUUUCCCUUGUUAAGGGAUGGCUGGAUCUGGACUGUCUCGGCGGGCGCAGUCGGUUAUACGUCGACGCGGUGGGCGUGUUGAGGAAGUUGGAGGAAGGCAUCAACUGCAAGUGGUUUUGA